AUGUUCAAUUAAUUUAUUAAUGUUCGAUUUAUCCCUAUUAUGAUUUUUAUUUUAUACGUCGUUUUAAAUGUUGAUAUUUUUAAAUUGUUUAUGGUAUAAUCUAAUUUACUUAUAUGUUAAUUUCAACACUUAAUUUACAUCUAGAGUUGACCUCAAUUGUAAAGCGUGUCAUUAAUAACUUAUAGAAGUGAUAUGCUAUAAGCUAUUACUAGUAUUAAGAAGAUGCCAGGAAAAGUAAAAGUACGUGUAUUGGCUGGCCGAAAUUUGCCAGUCAUGGAUCGGUCAAGUGAUACUACUGAUGCUUAUGUUGAAGUAAAACUUGGAAGUACAACAUACAAGACUGAUGUUUGUAGGAAGUCAUUAAAUCCUCAAUGGAAUUCUGACUGGUAUAAAUUUGAAUUAGAUGAUAUAGAACUUCAGGAUGAACCUCUCCAAAUUAGAAUUAUGGAUCAUGAUACUUAUUCAGCUAAUGAUGCAAUUGGAAAAGUAUACUUUAAUUUAAAUCCAUUACUUUUGCCCCAGCCGACAGUUGUUCAAUUAUCAGGUCAACAAAUUUUAUCUGAUACUUUAAUUUCAAACCAGAGUCAGACUACAGGAGGAUCUGUGGUAUCUGGAUGGUUUCCUGUUUUUGAUACAAUGCAUGGUAUUCGAGGCGAAGUACAUAUCAUUAUAAAAGUAGAACUAUUUUCAGACUUUAAUAGAUUUCGUCAAUCUUCAUGUGGAAUUCAAUUUUUUUAUUCUGGAGCAGGAAUAACAGCACAUACAGAAUGGGUGCAUGGAUUUGUUGAAGAGUUAGUAGUUGAAGAUGAUCCUGAAUAUCAGUGGCUUGAUAAAAUUCGUACACCUCGUGCUACUAAUGAAGCACGACAAACCAUAUUUUUAAAGCUUUCUAAUGAAGUCCAGAGACGUAUAGGUUUAAAGGUUUUAGAGCUUGGAGCAAAUGCUGUAAUUGGCUAUAAUCAAUAUUUCGAUUUAGAAGGAGAAUCUGGAAUUGUUGUUCGUGGUAUUGGAACUGCAGUUACAUUAGUAAGACAUUUGACAUUACCAUCAGUAAAUUUAAAUUUACAACCAACAAUUGACGAUUUGGAUUUUCAUAACUCAUUUGUACAAUCUGAUAAUACUAACCAUACUAGUUCAUUUAAUAACAAAAACAAAAAAACCUAUUCUAUCCGUAAAAUGUCUCCUCAAAUUCUAAAAUCAAACACUGUGGAUUUUGCUGAAUUGUCUAGUAUGAAAAGCUUAUUUGAUCAAGAAGAUAUGCGUACAUCAACAUUUAAAAGACAAAAUAGAUUUUUAAAAGCUAUUACUUUCCAAAAUUCUCAACAAAAAAACAAAAAAAAACAAAUAUACUCUACUUCAGUAGAAUCUGCUAGUUCAUCAUCAGAUCAUGAUAGGCAUUAUAAUACUUGUAAUUCUGCUUUAGCAUUCUUAGCACAAGCUACUUUGGAUUUUAAUUCAUCAUUUGACUUACCUUCAGAAUCUGAAGAAACUCAACCUUACAAUUCACGUAGUCAAUUAACCAGACAACCUAGUAUCGAUACAAAUUGUUCUAAAUUGUCUUUAGAAUAUUUGUUUCACCCUAACGAUCGGGGUGAAAAAUCAGUACCUGAUUUAAUUUUACCUUCUUCAAGUUCAUUAAAUUCGAUUUCUGAUUCUACAGCAGAAUCAGAAAUGGCUAUCGGGUUUGAAGUAUCAAAACUUAAUGUACGAGAUUCAUCUCCUUGUAUAUCUGAUAACCCUACUUAUUACUCAGACUCUUCAGACUCCAUUGGUUCAGAUUCAAUUGAUAUUGUGAGCACAAAUUCAGAAUCUUUAUUUCAAAAGCCAAAUACUCCUCCAUUAUCAAGAAUAGUAUGUACAGACAGACCCAAUACGCCUCCGAUUUCUAAAAUUGUCCAUUUAAGCAACAUUAAACCGAGUGUACUAAGUAAUCGUUUAACAAAUGUAUGUGCAUCCAGAAGCGUGUCACCUUAUAACUCUAGUAGUUUUAGUAAUUCACAGAGUACAAUUUUACACAACACGCCGCCUUUGCCAUUGGUUUCUAAUUCUGAUGUAGAAUGUAUAAUUAACAAAGAACCCAGCUUAAUAAAACUCGAAGAAAAUGUUUGUCCUGUUUUCUCUGAUAAUAUAACUGCAUCCGAGUGUUCUUCGCAUGCUUUUAACUGUGAUGACAGGAACAUUGAAACAGCCGAGUCACCUAGCAAAGUCACACACCUUCCAAUGCAUCGAAGGUCAUCAGACUCAGAAAUCAAUACUGCACCGAAAGGUAACAGUUUGGCAGGAAGUGGAAGUUCAACAGUUAGUUCACAUCGAUCACAUGGACACACAAUGUUUCAUCGCUCAAUUUUAAGCAAAGAUACUUUGGAUGGAAUGGAAUAUCCAUUUCUCACAAUGACCAAAUAUCCUCCUGGUUUUGUUGUUCAUUUAGGUGGUAUGGUAAAUGCUAAAUCAGUUAAACUACUUGAACGCAUGUCCAACAUGGAAGAACCAGAAAGUAGAGACUCUUGGUGGAGUGAAUUAAGACUUGAAAUGAGAUCCCAUGCAAGAGCUCUGUCUUGUAAUGUAAUUUUGGGUUAUUCAGAACAUACUUCAAUAUGUGAUGAUGUUUGUGUAUUGAGUGCAAUGGGAACAGCUGCAGUUGUAAACCUUAUGCCAUCAGUAAAUCCAGGUGGAUAUUUUUCUGGAAUUUAUCCUAAUGUACCUCUUGCAGAUAUACCAGAACCUUCAAUCUCAAGUACAUAUUCGUGUAACAGCAGAACUCAUAAACACUCUUCAAGUAAUAGCCAUGAAAAAUUAGAUUCUUUACCAUGUUCUAUGUGUCACAUACCAUAUAAUGAGCAUAGUGUGCCAUUUUCCAUGAAUAUGAAGUAUUGUUCAACGUGCAAACGAUAUAAAGUACCACAUAUACUUUUAUCUUCAUUGGAACCUAUGGAAAGACUUACUAUUCGAGGUACUGGAACUCUAUUGCAAACGUUUGUUUGUCGUAAUAAACGUGAACUAAAAGGAGAGAUGAAUGCUAAAGAAAUAUCAGAUGGUUUACCAUUUCUCGAGUAUGAACUACAUAGUCAGUUAUUGAAUAAGUUACGAGUGAAAGGAAUGAAUGCCAUUUUUGGACUCAAAAUUCAAGUAUGUCUUGGUGAACGAGUGGUUUCUUUGCAUGCUACUGGUACUGCUAUGUAUAUUACUUGUUUGCCUGAACCGCCAUUACCAUUAGUAAAAGCUGGUAAAUCUUGGGCUCACCCAGAUCAACAACAAGUAUUACGAGCUCAAAAGUUAUUAAACGAUGCUGUGGUUAAUAAUAGACAACACUAUCAUCUUAAUCAAAAAGAAGAUGAAUCUGAAAAUAUGUCUUCUAACAGUACCGGAAAAACUACUUUACCUGAUAUAAACUUAAGUUAUGGAAAUAGAGACACGUGUAUUUUAGAAAUGGAUGAUGCAGAGGAUUUAGAUGUAGUAUCUCAAUUGUUAGAGCCAACUCCUCCAGGUUCAUUUUUGCUGUCCAAUACUGAUGUUCUUCCUGGAACUGGUUCAGAAGUUUUCCCUAUGGAACCUGUAUGUAAUCUCCAAAUGUUUACUCAAGUUUGGAGAUCUAAAGCACAUUACACUAAUGGUAACUUUGACAAACAACUUCAACGAAUGCUUCAAGGACUAUUUUUCAAACUGAGAAGGAUGACACCAUGUGGACUGGGAAAACUAUCAUUUAAGAUUGAUAUUCCUGAACCUGAUGAAUUGCAAAUAUCAAUUGUUGGUAUGGCAUUAGGUCUUGGCGAAUCUGACAAAACAACUGCCAAACAAAUUUUAAAAAGAAGACAAUUACCUUUAAAAGAUUUUGAGCUAAAAACUGAAGAACUUAUAUUUAAAUUAGAGGAAGAUGUUUCAUUAAGUCACGGGGAAAAAAAAGUAAGAAAAUUUGAACGAGCACCUCGUCCAAAUAGACUGUCUACACAUGCUGCUCCAAAAGAUAGAUAUGGUGUGGACAUUACACCCAUGACUUAUAUACCUGGUGCCAAGAUCGAACGAUAUUUAGGAAAUUUAAAUUUUUUUUUCAUACGUGAAAGCACAUGCAUUAGAGAGAGUGGGGGUCUAAGUGGCUUUGUUCAUUGUUUUGUUGCCGAAGUAAUGGCAAUAGUACGUGCACAUGUAACUGCACUUGGCGGAAAUGCAAUGGUUGCUUACUUUAUGAAUGAAUGUAUUUUGCUUAAUAAUCCUCAUAAAAAUCAAGGGCAAUGUCUUUUAAAUGUUGGAGGUGAUGUUGUUGAAGUAUCAUACUUUAAUGAAGAUUAGUUAUUAGAUUAGUUAUUAUUUAUUAGAUUAUGGUUGUAUACUUGUACAUAGAUUUUUAUGAAUCAUUAAUAUUUUCAAUUCAUAAUGAUCUGUUUUAAAUAAUUGUAAUUAUUACUAAAUAUAAUAAUUACUUUAUGUUUAUAUAGUUGACAAUAAUAAUUUAAUAGAGAUAAUAUGUACUUAAUUAAAAAAACUAUUUGUAAUAUUCUUAAAAUUUAUUUUUAGUUAAUAAUGUUUGCAUUGCCAAUUUAAGUAAAUUAUUAAAAAAUUAUUAUAGAUUUUUAAAAUAAUAGAUAGAAUCUCUUGUUUUUAUAGUAA